CGAAAACAAAAAGUACGGCCACGCCCCCAUAAAGUUGUUGUCUGUUUCUGUGCCGAUCAAGGAUCAAGCAUUUAUAGUUUACAAAAUCCAUCUUGAUCAAUCUGAAUAAGAAAGUCACCUAUGGCGGCUCAGCGCAGUCUACCGCAGAGCAAAGAGGCACUGCUCAAAUCAUACAACACCCGGCUGAAAGACGAUGUCAAAUCCAUGCAGGAAAAUUUUGAAGAGAUCGUUAAGCUAGCAAAAGGGGAUAGUGAAGCUCAAAAUUCUCAGCAACUUACAAGAAUUACUCAAUGUGAGCAGGAGCAUUAUGAAAUGCACGUUCGGGCAGCGAAUAUUGUGCGAGCAGGCGAAAGUUUGAUGAAACUGAUCUCCGAUAUAAAACAAUAUUUGAUUCUCAACGAUUUUCCUUCCGUCAACGAGGCCAUCGCUAGUAAUUCCAAACUCUUCCGAACCAAGCAAGGCGAGUGUGACCAGAAACUGAUGACUCUGAGGGACGAUAUGGCUGCUGAUUUGUACGACUUAGAAGAAGAAUAUUACACAUCUUUAAUUAAGUGAAAGCCCUUUACUAAAAUUAAAAUAUAGUUUGUCUUUUUAAAGGUG